AAAUAAGAAAACACCAAUAAAAUAAUAUUUGACUACCGUAAUAAUCGCAACUAUCGAUAGUUGAAUCACUUCUCAGCCAGGUGUUUUCAAACCGAACCGCUAAAGCUUGAGAGAAAUAAAUGUUUAUUAAUGAACAAAAGAGGAGCGCACAUACUGCAAUCGAUAACGGAUUGAGUGAGAAAAAAAGAACCAGCUGGUUCUCUUUCAAAGUGCUGGAAAAAGUAGGCGCCGCGCCAUUUGUUUCUGUUUUUAGUUUUUAGCAGACAAAAUGAGCGACAAGGCCACUGCACAUAUGUCGACAGAUGCGCGUAAUGCACUCAUUACCGAUCAUCUGCAGAAACUAAUCAAGAGUGUGGCAGGCCCCAAUCAUCUUUUCCGUGGUCAGAUCACUCCAAAGCAGCAGCGGCAUCUGGAGCAGAUUGCCAGGAAACAUAUACGCCACCCUAACUUCUUAAGCACGAAAAGUCAUGAAGUAACGCAGACGCUCAACGCGUUGGUGGACCGUUUCCAGCAGGAAAACAUGGCCCCCUUUGGGCAGGCUAUAAAGGAGCUGAGCACAAAACUAGUCGAGGAUCCCGCCUGGCAGGAUCACGACCAGACGGACGUGCAGUGGUCUUUGCUUGACUUUCUGCUCAGCAUGACCAACGCGCCCAUACAAAAUGUGCGAAGGAACCGCCAACAGAUGGACCAGUGCCGCCUCUCGGCACUUGCCGCCGUUGAGGCCUCAACCUCCCAGGCCGUCGUGCCCAACAUAGUCGAGGCGGACACCGAUUGGGUGAGCCUGCUCAGCGAGGAUUUCCUGGAGGGGCCAACGCCUGGGGAUAGCUCGGACACUCAGGAGGAACAGUCCGAGGAAAGCGAUGCGCAUGAGAUUAGUGGCUCCGUUUGCCCAGAGGAUUUGAAGACCACGCUGAAGCCAAAGGACAUGGCCAAUGUCUAUAAGAAUGCCAUGAAUAAUGUCAAUCCCUGUGUUGAAAAAACAUACGUGCCAGAACUGGCGAGAUCCGGCAAAUCCGGCAAAUCCUUCCAAAUAAACGCACCCAUCAAUCUCGCUCUGGUAUCCCCAAUUGAGAUCAGGAGCAGAAACUUUGUCCCGCUGCCGCCACUUCAGCCGCCCCAGCUUUUCACACAGCACACCCAGAGCGUGCGCGACGAGAACGUGCUUCCGCAGCUGAUCCACUCUCAUUGGUGGCGCCACGACAUCCAGAUCCAUACCAAGCCCCCUGACAGCGAUCCUCUGUCCAACUUUGCCAUCAGCUACCCGCAGUUCCUCAACAAGUACUCCUUGGGUCUCGUCCACUAUCCGCUGCCCAACACCACCACGGAGCGCUGUCUGAUCCGCGAGAUCCUGUUCAUGUUUGUUAGUCCCGUCAGCUGUUGCUUCUUUGUGGUGGAUGAGGAGCGACGCAUCCAUGUGCGCCAGAAUGUGAGCAUCUGCAGUGUAACAGCGGAGGGCCUGAAAGGUACGUUGGAAGCGGAGUUGGUCCCUGCCCUGGAGGACAUGAUGCAGCUGCGUCAGACAGUAGACAAGCUGACGCUGCGCCAGAACGGGGAGAACAUUAUCGGUACUCUAGAGUGCUUUGCCAAUGGCGUGCGCGAUCUGGUGCGCCCAAUCAAGAAGGCGCUGCUUGCCUACGAGGAACGCAUGCUCAGCGAGGAGCCCGUCUCGCUCAUCCACUUCAUCCGACACAUGAACAAGCACUUUCGUAUGCUCCAGCUGCUCCGUUUCGUGUCCAGCAAAGCCGUCCUGCCGUCGGGGCCUCCGCAUCUGAUGUGCGCCUAUCUCCUGUCGCAGCUGUACCAGCAAACGCAGCUGCAUGUGCCGCACCAGAAGCUGGCCAUCGCCCUGCUGCUGGUCUCGCUAAAUACAUACUGCAACAUUUUCGAUGGCUUGUGGCGUCGGGCCAAACUGGAGGACCGGCAGGCUCAAUUCAUUGUGGAGCGAUGGGUACCUGAAGGUGAGGAUGCGACCGGUGAGUGGGAAGCGAGAGUCCACAUCCGCCAGCGCCGGUUAGAGGAAGAAGAGAGCGAAGAGAACCACCAAUUGUUCAAGAAACUGCAUAGCUGUCCCUUCUAUAGGCUGCUCCUCGAGCAUUCUCUCACGUCCAUUGAGACCCAAGACCUGCUGGCAAGCGUAAAUCUCCUUGGCGACAUGCUGGCCACCACCAACGAGAACAAUUCCCGCUCCCUCUACGAAGAGCUGCAUGCCCAACUCUUCGUCCAGCUGCGCGUCUACGGACGUCCAACGCAGCAGUCGGAUGGAGACACACAGAUGGAGAAUAGUCACACAGGGAAAGAGCAGUCAGAGCAGAAAGCCUUUGAACAAAAGGUUCUGAACAGCGUUGGGACGAUAAGGAACCCGGACCUGCUAGCACUGCUCACCCAGCCGAUCACGAAGAAGCAGCAGGAACGAGAUAAGCCGCAGGAUCAGCAGCGACGGCAGCCGCCGGUUCAGGCAGUGCAAGUGCUGGAAGGACUGGAGAGCGCCACGCGACUGCAGGUGAAGGACGUGAUGUCAGAGGCCCUCAGGGAGAUACUGCUGCGCCGCCAGUCGCUGGCCAAUAUGUUUGCGAUCAAGGCCAUGACCGUUGACCUGCAGCUUGGCGAGAGCGCGCGCUUCCUGCGUCACGUUUUGCUGCUGGAGGCCGACCAUCUGCUGCGUCCAUACUACACGAGGCUCUUUCGCGAUAUCGAGGCGGGUCUGAGCUGGGCUCAGGUGUCGGUGCUGAACAUGGAGCUGUACGAGCUUCUAAUGCCCCAAUAUGCGCAAAUGGCUGGACGCGCUUCGGUCAGGAUCGUCUCCCAGGUGCGCUCCACCUCCACCAAGGUGUACGAGGCUGUGGAGGCCAUCGAGCUGGUGUUCGAUUUUUUUGAGCACGUGCAGAGGAUCGUGACGCCGUCGAACUUGCAGACGUACAAUGCGGUCUGGCGCCUGAUGCUCAAAGUCAAGUGGGCCGCCUGGAAGCUGGAGAAUAUGGUCUUCAUUAGGCGUUCGCACAGGGACAUGUAUACGCCGCUGGACAUGCUAGGCCUCACCGUUCGCCGACUGGAGAUCCUGCGGUUCUGGCUCAUGUAUCUGAUCAACAGUCUGCACACCCACAUUAUGCAGGUCGUGAGCCACCAGUUCGAGCCACAGAUUGCCAAGUGCCACAACAUCCGGGAGCUGAGCUCUCUGCACGAGCAGUAUAUGCUGCUGCUGUCCAGUCACUGCCUGCUCACCGAGGAAACGGCUGCCUUUCGCAUUGCCCUCGAGCAGCUCUUCCAUGUGGUGUUUGUUCUGGACUUGGAAUGGACCAGUUGCUCCAGCUACCUGGUCGACUCCCAUCCACUCGCCCUGGAUGUGUCCUCCGAUGAUGACGAAGACAACCCCAAGUGCCUGCAGUACUUGGCUCUCAACCAGGUAGUGGAAAUUGAGAUGACAUACAUACGUUGCCAUCAAACGCUGGCCGAGAUUCUCAAUAAUUUGGUCUACAAGCAUGAUCAUCAUUUCCUUACAGCGUUGGAGUCGGCCAUCAACACAAGUGUACCCUACUGAUGGAAUCCUCUUACAGACGGAAGGAUUGGCCUUCAUCGCAGGAUAUCUGAUGGCCAGGUCGGGCCAGGAGAAUCGAAUCUCAAGGAAUCCCAUUCACUUUGAACUCAAACCAAUUGUUGUAACUUUUAAAGAACUUAAAAACUGA